GCGGAGGCUCACUAAGCCGAACAAAACCGAGUAAAGUCGAGUGUAGCCGAAUCGAGCCCAGCCCGGUGCCCGCCUGUCACAUCACUGCUGCUAACUGCUCGAGCUAGCUGUGGGAACUAGCCAUGAGCUAACGAGCAGCUCGUUAGAAAGUCUCUUUUUUUUCUUUUACCCACGUACAUUUAAACACUCGCCCGAGGCGGACCCGACACGGAAGCUUCCACCUUUUCCGGGAUUUAAAGCUUAACCUAACUGAGCCCGGGUUUGAAAUCCCCCUUCCCCGAUCUGUACGCGGAGCUAUGGCUGCUGCUAAACCCAAAGGCCAAAAUUCUUUAGCCCUCCACAAAGUCAUCAUGGUGGGCAGCGGCGGCGUGGGCAAGUCGGCCCUCACGCUGCAGUUCAUGUACGACGAGUUCGUAGAAGAUUAUGAGCCCACCAAAGCGGACAGCUACAGGAAGAAGGUGGUGCUGGACGGCGAGGAGGUCCAGAUCGACAUCCUGGACACGGCCGGGCAGGAGGACUACGCCGCUAUCCGCGACAACUACUUCCGUAGCGGCGAGGGCUUCCUAUGCGUUUUCUCCAUCACUGAGCUGGAGUCCUUCGCCGCCACCGUAGAUUUCAGAGAGCAAAUCCUGCGAGUCAAGGAGGACGAGAACGUCCCCUUCCUCCUAGUGGGCAACAAGUCGGACCUGGACGACCGGCGGCAGGUGAGCGCGGACGAGGCCAAGACCCGCGCCGAACAAUGGGGCGUCUGUUACGUGGAGACCUCGGCCAAAACCCGUGCCAACGUCGACAAGGUCUUCUUCGAUCUGAUGCGCGAAAUACGAGCGAGGAAGAUGGAGGACAGCAAAGAGAAGAACGGCAAGAAGAAAAGCAAAAGUUUGGCUAAGAGAAUCCGAGAGCGAUGUUGUAUUUUAUAGUGGCCCGAGGUCUUAAAAAAAAAAAAAAAAAAAAAGCCAGAGAGCUGCUUGUGUACAUAUGCUACAUUUCUCAGACUUUUUAUUUAAACCCUUUUUGCGUUUAACCUAUAAAACGGCGACACUCCAUAUGCUCAAAAACAUUGAAUCCUUCCGCUGCCUGUUUUAAAUGAAGUCAAAAGAGGCUCAAGUGGGAGAAAAUAUGUCAAAGAUGAUUAAAAAGAGGUACAUAGUGGGACAAAAUAUGGAAAAGACACUUUUUUUCAUUAAAAAAAAAACAAACAAAAAAAACAGACUAAAUGAAAACCUGAAAUCAAUACACAGUGGUAUGAAAAAGUAUCUGAACCUUUUGGAAUUUCUCGCAUUUCUGCAUAAAAUCACCAUCAAAUGUGAUCUAAUCUUUGUCAAAAUCACACAGAUGUAAAAACUGUCUGCUUUAACUAAAGUAGUUUUUCUAAUGUUUCAAUGAGGAUAGCAUGAAAACAAUGACAGAAGGGGGAAAAUAAGUAAGUGAACCAUCAUAUUUAAUAUUUUGUGGCCCCCACUUUGGCAAAAAUAACUUCAAACAGACGCUUCCUGUGGCUGCAGAUCAGUCUGCCACAUCGAUCAGGACUAAUCUUGGCCCAUUCUUCUCCAUAAAACUGCUGCAAUUCAGUCAGAUUCCUGGGAUGUCUGGCAUGAAUCACUGUCUUUAGGCCAUGCCACAGCAUCUCAAUGGGGUUCAAGUCUGAACUUUGACUUGGUCACUCCAGAACGGUUAUUUUGUUCUUCUGAAACCAUUCUCAAGUUGAUUUACUUCUGUGUUUUGAAUCGUUGCCUUGUUGCAGCAUCCAGCUUCAACUGUCUGACGGACGGCCUCAAGUUGUCCUGCAAAACUUUUGAAUUCAUUCUUCCAUUAAUAAUUGCAAGUUGUCCAGGCCCUGUGGCAGCAAAACAGCCCCAAAUCAUGAUGCUCCCUCCACAACCAUGCUUCACGGUGCGGAUGAGGUGUUGAUGUUGGUGAGCUGUUCCAUUUUUCCUCCUCACAUGACGUUGUGUGUUACUCCCAAACAAUUGAACUUUGGUUUCAUCAGUCUACAAAAUAUUUUACCAAAUCUUCUCUGGAGUGUCCAAGUUUUGCGAACACUAAACAAGCAACAACAACAAUGUUUUGGAAUCCUCCCAUGAACACCAUUCUUGGCUAUAGUUUUACAUAUAGUUGAUCUGUUCAGAGAUAUUGGACUGUGCCAGUGAUUUCUGUAAGUCUUUAGCAGAUGUUCUAGGGUUCUUUUUUACCUCUCUGAGUAUUCUGCACUGAACUCUUGGCGUCUUUGGUGGAUAGCCACUCCUUGGAAGAGAAGCAAGAGUGCCAAACUCUCUCCAUUUGUAGACAACUUCAACUUCUGACUGUCGAUUGAUAAACAUCCAGACUUUUAGCGAUGGUUUUGUAUCCUUUCCCAGCUCUAUACAAAUCCCCAAUUCUUGAUUGCAGGUUCAGACAGCUCUUUUCACCGAGCCACAUCAGACAGUGCUUCUCGUCACGACAAUUCUUACCAGUCUUACCAGGUGUGUGUUUAAUAGUGGUCAGGGCAGCUUUCAACCACUCAUCAGUGAUUGGGCACACAUCUGACUUAAAUUGUUUGGUAAAAAUUCGUUUCAGUUGCGCUUUAAGUCUCCUUAGGCAGAGGGUUCACUUACUUGUUUUCCCCACUUCUGUCAUGAUUUGCAUGCGUUCCUCAUUCAAAUAUGAAAACCUAUAAAUCAGGGGUCCCCAAACUUUUUCCUGUGAGGGCCACAUAACUUUUCCCUUCUCUGAUGAGGGGCCGGGUCAGUUUGUAACAGAAAAAGUGUGACGAUUGCAGGAGGGACUAAAUGUAAAGAUGUAUUGUUUUUCAGAAAGCCAUAAUCAAAUAACACUUUCUGGAUUCUUCACUGAACAAAAGUAAAUAAAUUAAUAUAAUAUAAUAAUAACACUAUUAAUUAAAUAGAUAAUAACCAAAUAACCCUCUCUGCGUUCUUCACAGAAAAAAAAUCCAGAAAAUAAAUAACACUAUUGGGGAAAAAGAAAAAAAAAUUGUUCAGGGGGCCGGACCAAAUGUGGAGGCGUGCCGUGUCCGGCCCGCGACUUUGGGGACCCCUGCUAUAAAUGUUUGGGCGGUUUUAGUUACAGGAGACACUGAUUUUUCAUCUGUGUGAUUUUGACAAAGAUCAGAUCACAUAUGAUAAUGAUUUUAUUCAGAAAUGUGAGUAAUUCCAAAAGGUUCAGAUGUGUUUUCGUACCACUGAAUAUUAAUAACUCUACAGCUCUAUUCCCGGUGAUAGAGGUCCAGUCCGUUUGGACUGGCAGCAAUUGAAUUAGUGAAAAGCAGAUGCUUUGACAUUGACGAAAUUGUAUUGUUUAAAAAUCGGUUAAGAAACGACCAAUGACUUAAAACAUUUUAAUGGGAGCAUUGCCCCUACCAAAAUGUCUGCCAGUAAGGCACAUCACCCACCAUUUUUCACUCCACCUUUUCAUUCGCUGCCAUUGAUGGUGAUUAAUAUCCUUUCCAUUUACAAUGGCAUUGAAUGAUCACAUUUCAGUGCAAUUGAUAACAUAUUAACUUUAUUUUUCUUCUUUAAUUCCACAUAAAAAAAAAACACUAAUGUUCUUAAAUCACAAGUAUUUGCACAUCCUGGUUCUAACAUUUCAACCAUUUUUUAAAAUUCUACUAUUGUUCUUGUUAUGAAGUCAUCUUUGGUGCUUAAACAGGCUAAUCGCGUCUCUAUGCUAGCAUUAUGAAGGUGCACAAUGUUGCGGCUAAGCUAAUUUGACCAAAAUGAGUGAAAACGCAUCAGCGAAACUGGAAAACGGGAUCAUAAAAUCCACAAAAAAGGUUCUUUGUCACUACUAAGAAAGCAAUUUAAAGUCCCGAAUUCAAUUUAAAAAGUGCCAGAUGGAUUGAAAAUAGCCAAAGAAAACCGCUAGCUAGCUACCACACGCUAAAGUGCCCACUUUUCCAAUUAAAGUGAAUUUGAAAAAGACUGAUCACGAGAAGUUUUUUUUUGUGCACGCCACUGCCUACGUGUCGUCCGUGUUGAAUGUCGAGCGUCGCCAGGCCGAUGCUAACAAUCGUGUGCAUUUACUGUAUUGAGCUAACCAUAUUCUUACAUUUGAAUACAAUAUGAGAAGUUGGGCAUGGUUAGCUUUCAGAUGGAUUUUCCUGCAAUAUAGUCAUCGGAAGUGUGGAACAGUUGCACAAAUGCGUUUUAAAGUUGAAAGCAAAGGUGUCAAACUUAAAGCACGGGGCCUAGAUCGGGCCCUGUGUAGCCUGCAAAAGCAAAUUGUGGUGUUUCUGGAUGAAAUAGAAAAAUUGUACAUUUUUGUUGAAAGUAUUUUUUGGUUACCAAACCCCUUGAGAAUGCAUGGGAAAGUUGUUUUACUGGCUUGUAAUUUCAUAACCAGGUACAGUGCUGGCCAAAAGUAAUGGCACCCCUGCAAUUCUGUCAGAUAAUGCUCAAUUUCUCCCAGAAAAUGAUUGCAAUUACAAAUACUUUGGUAGUAGUAUUUUCUAUAAUUUUGCUUGAAAUGAAAAAACACAAAAGAGAAUGAAGGGGAAAAAAUUAAUCAUCAUUUUACACAAAACUGCAAAAAUGAGGCCGGACAAAAGUACUGGCACCAUUUGAAAAAUCAUGUGCUGCUUCUCUAAUUUAUGUAAUUAACAGCACCUGUUACUUACCUGUGGCACAUACCAGGUGGUGGCAGUAACAAUCACACGUGCAGCCUGUUAAAAUGGAUUAAAGUUGACUCAACCUCUGUCCUGUGUCCUUGUGUGUACCACAUUGAGCAUGGAGAAAAGAAAGAAGACCAAAGAACUGUCUGAAGACUUGAGAAGUAUAAUGGUGAGGAUGGAUGGGUAAUCUCAAGGCUACAAGUCCAUCGCCAAAGACCUGAAUGUUCCGGUGUCUACCGUGCGUAAUGUCAUCAAUAAAUGUAAAGCCCACAGCACUGUGGCUAACCUCCCUAGAUGUGGACGGAAAAGAAAAAUUGACGAGAGAUUUCAACCAAACAUUGUGCGGAUGGUGGAUAAAGAACAUCGACGGACAUCUAAACAAAUUGAAGCUGUCCGGCAGUCCGAGGGUACAACUGUGUCAACUCGUACUAUCCGACGGAGUCUGAACGAAAAGGGGCUAUGGUAGGAUACCCAGGAAGACCCCAUUUCUGACCCAGAGACUUAAAAUAGCCAGGCUGGAGUUUGCCAAAACUUACCUAAGAAAGCCAAAAACGUUUUGGAAGAAUGUUCUCUGGUCAGAUGAGACAAAAAAAAGGCUUUUUGGGAAAAGGCAUCAAUAUAGAGUUGACAGGAAAAAAACGAGGCCUUUAAAGAAAAGAACAUGGUCCCCACAGUCAAACAUGGUGGAGGUUUCCUGAUUUUUUUGGGGGUUGCUUUGCUUCCUCUAGCACUUUUGGGGUUGCUUUGCUUCCUCUAGCGCUGGACUGCUUGACCAUGUGCAUAGCAUUACACAUUUUGCAGCAAAAUGUAGGGUCCAGUGUGAGAAAGCUGGUUCUCCCUCAGAGGUCAUGGGUCUUCCAACAGGACAAUGACCCAAAACACACUUCAAAAAGCACAAGAAAAUGGUUUGAGAGAAAGCACAGGAGACUCCUAAAGUGGCCAGACCUGAAUCCCAUAGAACACCUGUAGAGAGAUCUGAAAAUGGCACCCCACCCUUCAAAUCUCAGAGACCUGGAGCAGUUGGCCAAAGAAGAAUGGUCUCAAAUUCCAGCAGAGCAUUGUAAGAAACUCAUACCGGAAGCGGUUGUUCGCAGUUAUUUUGUCUAAAGGUUGUGCUACGAAGUAUUAGGCUGAGGGUGCCAAUACUUUUGUCCGGCCCAUUUUGUGUGAGUUUUGUGUAAAAUGAUAAUGAUUUCAUUUUUUUUCUUCAUUCUCUUUUGUGUUUCUUCAUUGCAAGCAAAAUAAAUGAAGAUAUUACUGUCAAAACAUUUGUUAUUGCAAUCAUUAUUCUGGGAGAAAUUGAGCAUUAUCUGCCAGAAUCGCAGGGGUGCAAGUACUUUUGGCCAGCACUGUACUUGAAUUUACAUGAAGGGUCUAGAGACCUUUUUUUAAUUAAUCCAAUUUGUUAUCAUUUCCAGUUGUCGUGCAAAAAUUCCUCAACGUUCACUGGAAAGCUAAAUAUUUUGUUAGCCAAAAACCUUCAUUCCCUUUCUUUGCUUUGAUCAACUGAGCCACAGCUAUUUUUCUUUUCAGCCCGUUUUCCCACAACAGGAGUCUAUGCAACAAAAAAGUGGCGUACCUUCAAAACACAACUCUGUUUUCUUUGCAAUCCCCGUUCAUAGACUUCAUAAUGAUAUUGACGGGACACUGGGCCGAUUAAGUGGGGGCCUGCAUUGUUGGCGAGGCCGUCAAAGCUGACUGAGCGGAAUCACAGAUAAAGAGCUUUUUUUUUGAUGAAAAUUCUUGUGAAUAAAUGCUUAAAUCCCUGAGUUCUUUAGAGAUAUGGACUAGGGCUGCAGCUAUCGAUUAUUUUAGUAGUCGAAUAAUCGUUGAACAAGUUAGUUCGAGUAAUCAGAUAAGGAACAUAAAAAAUUAAAAUACUUGAGCUGAGUCUCAAAUGGUAUAAAAAGAAUAAAUAAAUGAAGAUCUAAUUACAACUGAAGAACAAUUGACUAACUUACACAGCAAAAGUCUGCUUAAAGCUUAUAACUUAAAUGCUAUAAAAUGCAAACUUUUUUUCUUACAAUGCUCUUAACAAAUGGUUCACGCACAUAUUCCCACAGAAAAAGGCUAAUUAUACCUAUAAACUAAAUUACGAAUGCAUUAUCAUUUAUGUUGGUCUUAACAGGGAGCAGCUGGAUUCAGCCAUGGGAAAUGAGUUAUGUCAUAUUUACUGUUGCCACUAGAAGGCAGCGUAUCCACCCGAAUCCUAAAACUAAAUGCAAACACUUUCAAAAUAAACCAUUACAAAGCCACGAGGCACAAAAUUUAGAUUUUUUUUCUAAUCGAAUUACUCGAGUUAAUUGAUUAAUCGUUGCAGCACUAAUAUGGACGUGAAACAGUCUCGAUUCUUGGUUAAGAGCCAAAAAAACGUGCAGUUAGCAUUUAUUUUACGUAAAUAUAUUGAAGUACAAUGCUAGUUUGUUAGUAAACGUAGCUAGCAGCCAUUUGAUGGAAACAGACCUUUUCCGGUGAAAAUUCUCUUGAAUAAAUGCUUAAAUCCCCGAAUUCUUUACACAUAUGGGUGUAAAACGGUCUCGAUUCUUGGUUAAAAGCAAAAGAACCGGGAAGUUAGCAUUUAUUUUACAUAAAUAUGUCGAAGUACAAUGCUAGUCUGUUAGUGAAUGUAGCUAGUGGCCGCCUGAUGUAAACAGAGCUUUUCCAGUGAAAUUUCUUGUGAAUAAAUGCUUAAAUCCCCGAAUUCUUUAUAGAUAGGAGCAUAAAACAGUCUUGAUUCUUGGUUAGAAGCCCUAAAAAAACGUGCAGUUAGCAUUUAUUUUGCGUAAAUAUGUCGAAGUACAAUGCUAGUCUGUUAGUAAAUGUAGCUAACGGCCGCCUGACGUGAAGUGAGCUUUUCAGGUAACAAUUCAUGUGAAUAAAUGCUUAAAUCCCCAAAUACUUUAUAAAUAUUCUUUAAACCUUUCAAAAUGGAGUUGUCAGGGCAACGAGGGGUUGUAGAUUUUGCCACCUCAGUGUCAAAGAGGCUCUUGGAGUCUUGGCAGUCGUGUUAUCAGUUGGAUAUCGGGCUUUCUCCUGUGCUCCUUGUGUUGGGACAGAGCCUCCCGCCAUUUGUUCUGGACUGUCCGAGAGAACUGAUUGCAGACGUUGGCUUGUCAGCGUCAAUCUUGUACAGCUUUCGUACUUUUUCAACAGAAAUCCGCCGUUAGAUCGCUGCGUGCGCGUGUUUUUGAAUAGCUCCUCCUGACGUGGGCGGCCCCCUACUUGAAUGUGAGGCGCAGCACAUGACCGAUCUGACCUGUCAAUACAUUAUGAAGUCUAUGCCCAGUUUGAAAUCCUCCUCUUAAUUGCACUGGUGUCACGAAAAUGCAAAAGAACGCCCGCGGUUCGUAUUUAUCGAAAAGCACAUAUAGUGAAGAGUUCGGGAAAGCCUAAGCUAAUAAGCGCACGGAAAGCAUAUUUUUAAUUUAAGGGCUAAUUUCCAGCACACGACGGCCCGGGGUAGAAAAAUGUCGACUUUUUCAAGUGUAAGAAUAAAACCGUGUUAUCUCCAUUUUCAGUGUGCUCUUGUCGCUAAAUAACUACAAAAACAAUAAUGACCACCGUUGUGCUUAUUGCUUAACUAAAAAAAAAAAAAAAAAUAGCUAGUACGCGCUGUGAGUUUCUUCCUACUUCGCCCCUACCAAGAUGGCUGCCACUGAGGCAUGUCACGAGCCAUUUUUCACUUUGUUGUUCCUUUUCGGAGAUGAUGGUAAGCUCAUUCACUGCCAUUGACAGCAAUCGAGGUCAAAUUCAUUUGAAAUGAGAUGACUGGCACUGAAUGAUUAUGUAUGAGUGCCAUUGACGGUGCUAGACGUCCAAUCCAUUUGAAGUGGGAGGGUGGCAGCGAAUGAACGUUCGUUCAUUCGCUGCCACCCUCCCUCUUCAAAUGGAUUGGACGUCUAAACCCGUUCGAGAUUGGACGUCUGUCAUCGUCAAUGGCACCGAAAGAGUCUGCCGAGACGGCCAUUUUUUUUUUUUGCCUUUUUAUAUUAAUGCUAUAGAAAAUCUACUAUAUACAAUAUGUCUAUGUUGGGUUGGGUGAUGGGGCAUGUUUGAAACGCUACCUUCAUGUUUACUUGAUUUUUUUGGAAACAUAACCACUAAUGUAGCCUAAAAACGUCUUUGAGUGCAAGAGGCGAUGCUUACAUUUCAAAUUUGGUGUGUGUGCGUGUGCGUAUGCGCGUGUGUUCUUUGGAAAUGGCAAAUAAAGGUGAUAUGACUAACGCA